UUUGUAUCGUGUUUCAGAAAUUGUUCUUGGCUGUAUCUGUCUUGGCUCACUCGACGUCGCUUCUUGCUUUUGAGUCGCGCUUUCUCAACUCCAGAUGGGCGACAACCACAAUUCUUCCUACUGCAACCGGAACGACCAGUACAAGCAUCAGCAGCAGAAGCCUGUCCCUGGUAUCGCAGAGAAUAGGGGGGUCAUAGGGUAGCUAGUGUAUGGUGGCAUUCAAGAGCAAGAACGCCGCGCGCAGAACUGCCAAGAAACAACAAAAAGCAAGCGGCGAUAAACUUGCACAAAAGGCCGAGGUGCAGGUAACAUCAGACGAGCCGCGUGCAAAUGGCAAGUCGUCACUGUUGGAUGAAAUUGCGAGUAUGCCGCUGGACGGUGAUUUAUCAGAUUUCAAAGCCGCGUUUCAGCGUAUGGCAACAGAAGAUGCUUCGACCUCCAGCGUGCGGCUCAUUUCUAGCAACGAGAAAGGACAGCGCAUCUACGACGACGAUGCAUACAUCCCAGAUGAAGGCUACGGUGAUGAUUCUGAGCCAGAAGAGAAGCAAGUCUCCAAAUCUCGACAGAAAAAGGCAUCGCGACUCAAUGUGGCGGAACUGAAGCAACUCGUCAAGAUGCCAGAGGUAGUGGAAUGGUUUGAUGUCUCUGCGCCAGAUCCAAAGUUGCUCGUGACUCUCAAAUCAGUCCGGAACGCAGUCCCUGUACCGGGGCAUUGGUCACAGAAGCGCGAAUACCUUGCAGGGAAGCGCGGCAUGGAGCAGUCGCGAUUUGAGCUACCAGACUUUAUCAGAGCAACAGGCGUGGGUGAAAUGCGCCAAGCUGCUCAAGACGAACGCGAAGGUGCUUCACUCAAACAACAAAUGCGACAACGCGUGCAACCAAAGAUGGGACGACUCGAUAUUGACUAUCAAAAACUACAUGACGCCUUCUUCCGCUUCCAAACCAAACCGCACAUGACGCAGUUUGGUGAGACGUACUUUGAGGGCAAGGAAAUGGAGACGAAUACUCGGGAAAAACGACCAGGUCAUCUCUCAGAAGAACUCAAAGACGCAUUGAGUAUACCGCCUGGUGCGCCACCGCCGUGGCUCAUCAACAUGCAACGCUUCGGUCCACCGCCGUCGUACCCAUCACUCAAAAUUGCCGGACUCAAUGCACCGAUUCCAUCUGGCGCACAAUGGGGUUACCAUCCAGGUGGUUGGGGUAAACCACCUACAGACGAGUAUAAUCGGCCCUUGUAUGGCGACGUUUUCGGUAUGCUGCAACCGCCGCCAAGAGCGGAUCUGGGCGUACGCAAGGAAAUUGAACAUUGGGGUGAGCUUGAAGAGGCUCCGGAGGAAGAGGCAGAAGAUGAGGAGGAAGAGGAAGAAGAGGAGGAGGAAGAGGUGGAGGACAAGCAGUAUACUGCGAGUGGUCUCGAAACACCUUCCGGGAUGCAAUCUGUGGCAAGCGCUGGCUUUAAUGGUCUCGAAACACCAGACCACAUUGAGCUGCGCAAGUCUCGCUAUGAGGAGAAUAAAGACCGUGCCCGCCGUGGUCGUCGCGAGCCUUCCCCGGAGCCAGAAGACGUCAAUCGCCCAAAAACACUUUAUCAAGUAUUGCCAGAGAAGCAAGAAAAGGUCAAGGGCUUCUAUGGCUCUUCACACGGCUAUGCCAUGCCUGAUGACAUGCCACCCGCGCCUGCGGCGACGCCCCGUGCGCCUUGGACGCAAAAUGUGAUACCGACACUCGGUGCGGAUCAACCUACGAAGAAGCGUCAUGUUGACGAUGUCAAUUUGGCAGUUGAUCCCGAGCAACUUGAAAAAAUGAGCAAAGAGGAGUUGUCGCAGGUAUAUGAUCAAGCACGGUCCGAUCGCAUCAAACCCGCGAAUUGGGAUAAUGACUUGAGCGACAUGGUGAAUGAGAAUGUUCAAGCACAGCAAGCUAAGCGGCAAAAGCGGCCACCGCCUGCAGAGGCAAAGAAGAAGUUCAAGUUUUAAGCAUUGCUAUGUAGUGGUACAAAGUUAGGGCUACUCGCUGUGCAUGCCAGGCAAGAUCUCUGCAUUCGAAUUCUCCUUGUAUUGCAUGCUCCAAAGUCGCUGCAUGAGAUCAAGUGGCAGUGGCGAUAUUUCCUCAAUCUUGUCCAGGAACGCACGGGUGAAGGCUUCCUGAUUUAUGGCCACAGCCUCAAACAGCUUGAAGCUCAAGAAUGAAAACAUGGUCGCCAUGAAGGCGAGUUUUUUGGGAUUCUGGCGACAGAUUGAAAGAUGCUCCUCAUGACUGAAGGUCUCAAAAAAGUGAGUCAAAGCAUAGCCCAUGACCGUAUCCAUGCAGUCCGGACCCCAAGUCAUAGCCAUAUUGAAGGGCGUGUAUUGACCUUCUUCCAAAUCACUCUUCAAACCUCUGCCAUCAUUGAGGUAUUGCGUCAGAGCAC